AUGUACCGGGUAUUACCCGGAUUCCACCAAAUCCAGCAACCAAACGGAUCUUAUUUUACUGUUCCUGAUCGAUAUAUCAAUUUAUUUCCGUUCAAAGUGAAUAAACCAUUCGUGGUACAAGCCUUUGAUCGAAUUAUGGAAAGAUAUGUGGUCAUCAAGAAAGUCGUUCUUCCGGAUAGUUUUCUUGACAGACAACCAUGGAAAAGAGCUCAGCGUGAGCUAUUCUGCAUGCUCUAUAUACAAGAUGAGAACGUUGUGAACAUGUACAGUGCCUUUACACCAGCAGCAACAAGAGAAGAAAUGACAGAAUUUUACAUUGUUCGUGAGCAUAUGCAAGGCACCAUGCAGAAUCUUUCGCCUCCGACAUUCGGAGAACACAGAACUGUCAAAUCAAUUUUCUUUGAUAUCUGUCGUGGGGUACAGUAUCUUCAUGCAAUGAAUAUCAGUCAUAGAGAUCUAAAACCGGAGAACAUUCUGAUGACAAGAGAUGGUGAUGUGAAAUUGUGUGAUUUUGGACAUUCAAAUAUGGAAGAUCCUAACGCAAACACUCCGUACAUCGUUCAAAGAUACUAUCGAGCUCCUGAAAUAAUUUGCGAGACUAUGGAUAACAAUAGAACUAGUGUGGACAUAUGGUCAUUGGGAUGUAUUUUGGCAGAACUUCUAACAGGAAGAGUAUUGCUUCCUGGAAGAGAUCAUGUCGAUCAGUUUAUACUAACGGUCCGUUUUCUCGGAAAUGCAGACCAACUUUUUUAUAGCGUGAUGAAUGAAAGAGCUCGGAAUUUCCUUAAUACAUAUCGCGAAUUUUUGGAGAAUUGUCAACCACCCACUGAUAUUCAUAGUCAUUUCCCUGAUGAAGUUUUUCAAGGUGGACUAAGUGGACAACCAGAAGAAUGUCGAAUGGCUCGAGAUCUUUUAUUCAAAAUGUUAGUAAUAAAUCCGGAUGAUCGGAUUGAUAUUCUCAUGGUUUUGUCACAUCCGUAUCUGGCUGAAAUUUGGGAUCGGAAUAUGAACCCUGAUGACAUCCCACAACCACAACCACCAGAGGCUCUACGAAACUUUUUCAGAUUCCAAAAUUUUUUUGCUCCAGAAACACUACGAGAUGAAAUUUUCAACGAUCUUCGCGAAUUCGGAGAGCGAUGUAAUAUUUUCACUGAAUCUAAAAACUGA